CUCCGCUGCUCCGCCGUUCCCUCCCACCUUGACGUGUGCCAUUCCGACGAUUGCGUGAUUUCACGGUAAGGUUUGGCGUGUGGGUUCCGCAUGGCUGAGGCCAUUUCGAUUCCCUCUCCGUCUGUCUUUCUCUCACGUUCGAGCCCUACCCCGCCUGAAGCCCCUCCAACGAAGCCUACAAAUACUCACAAUGUGCCACGCCCGGAUACGGAGGCGAAGAAGAAGACGACAGUGCGAAAGAGCAGUACCGUCAAUAAUGCGCCAAAGGCUGGAGAAGGCGAUAGGCCGAAGCAGUCGAAGAGCCGCAACGGCUGUGUGACUUGCAAAGCCAAGCGGCUGAAGUGCGAUGAAGAGAAGCCGGGAUGCGCGCAAUGCAAGAGGAGGAAGGUAGAGUGCGGAGGAUAUAGAAAAGACUUCAAAUGGCGGCCCUUUGGUGAGAACCCAGCAAAGGCAAUACAGGAGGCGGAGAAGCGAGCGUCACCACCAUCGCAAGCCUCGGCGGAGGGCUCCAAACCGAACACGCCUGACGAGAGUAUUGUACCUGAAACGUCCGCGCCGAGGAAGCCGAACACGAAACGGAAAGACAGUAAGAGGGCCAGCACCGUGGUCGAAGAGAACGCUCUCACCGAACUCCCGGCCCGUCCAGCGAAAGCCAAGCGGAAGGAGCGCCCUCCGAGCGCGAAGGAGGCUGCGGAUCAACCUGUGGAAGCUCAGCCGCCACCAGACUCCGCAGCACCACACUCAACUUCACCACUGCCGUCUCCGCCUAAUGAUGUCGUCAAUCUGUUGACGUUACCAAGCAUUCCACUCCAGUCCGCAACACCCCUCGAAGCUUCCCCGCGAGAAGACGUCUACAACUUUGGACCGAACCUCCCUCCGCAAAGUCCUCAAGCUGCGACUGCACCAACCGCUGCACCCUCCCCUACCCUCACCGAGCUGCUUCUGCCGUUCCAAGAUGAACUGCCACAAGAUGGCGAGUUUAUCAGCUUUUCGAUGCCAGAAGGCAUGCAAUUUCCGCUGUCGCCGCUUCCGGCAGAUGUCAUUGAUCCGGCGCUGCUGAGUGGUGGCUUGGACGACGACGAUACAGAGGAGCUUGUGCGCCAGGACGCCGGUACUGACGAACUGCAACGGCCUAUCAACCACGAUCGACCGACAUCCUCGGGAUCAGCAAUAUCAAUUUCCGAUCAACUUCAGACGCUCUGGCAGGGCCCGGUCCACUACCUCUACAGUCAACCGUACUUCCGACACGACAGCCCCGAGAUGCUUGCAUUCCGUUUUGAUAGGCUUACAUGUGGCAUUCUUUCGAUCAUGGAUGGCAAGUCCGAGAACCCGUGGCGCACACUCAUUUGGCCGCUUGCUCAACGUUCUCCGGCCUUGUACAAUGCGCUUAUGGCAAUGACAGCAUAUCACUCCUCUAACGACGUGCCUGCACUCCGGGUGGCAGGCCAUGAGCACAAGCAAAAGAGUAUCCGCUAUAUUCAGGAGGGUAUCAGAGAUAGCAGCAUGACCGAUCAGACAGCCAUCGCCACCGCACUCGCUCUCGGUUUCUCGGAGUCGUGGGACCAGCAUACGGCCUCCGGCAAUACUCACAUCAAAGGUGCGCAAGCGCUGGUGAAGCGAGCACUGGCUGAUCAUCAGCGCAACCCGCUGGGUGGCGUUGAGCUUGCACGGCUAAAGUUCCUUUGCAACGCUUGGGUCUACAUGGAUGUCAUUGCUCGCCUUACCGCAGUUGACAGCGACGAGUCGAACGACUUCGACAACACUCUCUUGUUCGCCGUGGAUUCACCAGAGAUGGUUAUGGGCGACGCAGUACCGGGCUUCGGAAUCGAUUUUGGAACAGGCAUUGACGCUCGACUAGACCCGCUCAUGGGCUGCGCUAACACCCUCUUCCCACUAAUCGGAAGGGUCGCGAACCUCGUACGCAAAGUCUGCCGAUCGCAGACCAACAGUCCGGCCGUGAUCAGUCAGGCGAAUGAUCUACGCAUGGCGCUCGAAGCGUGGGAGCCGCCUCAUUUUAUCGAGCAGCCGGAGGACCCGACGACUGGUGUCCAGCACUCGCUUCAGACUGCGGAGGCGUAUCGAUGGGCGACUCUACUCCAUCUGCAUCAAUCAGUGCCAGAGCUUCCUUGCGACUAUUCUUCGGCGGAAAUGGCGCAGCGCGUUUUACAAUUCCUCGCAACGGUGCCUUUAGCGAGCCGGACAGUGAUUGUGCAAAUCUACCCGCUCAUGGUCGCGGGCUGCGAAGCGACGACGGAGGAAGACCGGCAAUGGGUUCGCGAUCGAUGGGCGGCAAUGGGUCAGCGCAUGCGGAUCGGCGUCAUCGAGAAGUGCGCUACUGUCACCGAGGAAGUCUACCGACGCAGAGACAGAUACGCAGCUCAGCCCACCGGGCGAAGACGGCUUGUCGCUACCGCAGACCUCCAGCCUGCGCGACAACGCGGCAUGCCGCUCGUGAGGACCGACACCGGCUUCCAGAAUGCGGAUCCGGGAAGCACUGGGAUGGUGUUCAGCUAUGUUGAGACGGCGGAUGGAGGAGAGGGGGACCCGCAACCUGGGUCCGCGAACGAACGCUUUCCGCCUCGACCGAAGAGGGUGGACCGUGGUGUCAGUACGAUGGAUGCAGCCUAUACCGUCCGAGGGCAUCUGCAUUGGGUUGGUGUGAUGUGGGAUUGGGGCUGGGAAGGUAUGUCUGAUGCACUUUUCGCCGCCGACACUGGUUCGCAUGCUGACAGCUGGGACAGUUCUGCUCGGCUGAUUCUGCUAUACGGGAAUUGCUAUGGUCAACUCAAGCAUUGUAUUUUCCGGCGGCUUGUCGAACGUUUGCUCAACACGGCGUUGGUUUCUCGCGAACUUCAAUACUUCCAGCGGUUAAGCGAGUACGGUGUUGGUAGGCGCUUUCCUGGGAUUUGUUGCUUGCGGAGGGGGCUACAGAUAGACGUGACGGCGUAUACAGGCAGGCAAUAGAUGGGCAUUCUUCACACUGGCGUUAUAUGCAGGUGUUCUGCUCUGUCUCCAAACACACAGAUACUCUGUGUCUGCAAGGUAGUAGGCGGGCCCCAGGGACCUUUUGCCCGAGAACAGUUAGCUCGU